AUGGGGGUUUCUCAUAGCCGCCUGGGAAAGAGGGGAGUGUCUUUGGCCACGAGCAGACUCUCCCAAAAACAAACCAACGGACUAUCUGUCUUGGGAGCCUUGACUGCCCCAAUCCUCCCUGCCUGUCUCACGAAUAACCCACUCCCCAAUGGGUAUCCAUGGAGCAACCUUGACCAGCACACCAAUUACUAUGACACGAGUCCUUAUACAGGUGUUAUACGACACUAUGACUUCACUGUUAGCCGUGAAGUAAUUGCUCCAGAUGGAUAUCAGCGCAACGUCCUUUUGAUCAAUGGAGCAUUUCCCGGCCCAUUGAUCGAGGCGAAUUGGGGCGACACCAUCCAAGUAACUCUGAACAACAACAUCACCGGCCCGGAGGAGGGUACUGCGCUUCACUGGCACGGAUUCCUUCAGAAGGGGACUCCUUGGGAAGAUGGAGUGCCUUCUGUGACGCAGUGCCCCGUGCCUCCGGGGAAGAGCUUCACGUACCAGUUCGCGGCCUCUCUCUAUGGGAGUACUUGGUACCACUCUCAUUACUCCUCGCAGUACUCGGGUGGCCUCUUAGGCCCCAUAGUGAUCCAUGGACCGAAAUCGCAAGAGUACGACAUUGAUCUCGGCCCUGUAAUGCUGUCUGACUGGUACCAUGAGCAGUAUUUUGAUCUGGUGGAGAAGACUAUGAGCACCGUGCAGGCAUUGACGAGAUUCAAGUCAGACAACAAUUUGAUCAACGGCAAAGGAGUGUUUAAUUGCUCUCAGGUCACGGAUGGCACACCAUGCACCGACAACGCUGGUAUUUCCAAGUUUAGGUUCAAGCGCGGCAAGACUCACCUCCUUCGACUCAUGAAUACUGGAUCGGCAGCUCUUCAGCGUUUCUCUAUUGACGGCCAUAACAUGACUGUCAUUGCCAACGACUUUGUUGAUGUCAAGCCCUAUGAGACUAAAGUCGUCACUCUUGGUAUUGGUCAGCGCAGUGAUGUCCUUGUCAAAGCAAAUGGUGACCUGGAUGCCUACUGGAUGCGCAGCAAUAUCAGCGCAUGCUCUGGUGCCAAUCAACCAUAUGCCCUGGCAGCCAUUUACUACGACAAUGCAGAUACCGGAACAACCCCAAAAUCUACACCUUGGGAUGUCCCCGACCCUCGUACUUGCGUGAAUGAUGACUUCUCAAUGACGGAGCCUGUCAUGAAGCUCCCCCUUCCCAAGCCAGAUCUAGAAGUCGACAUGGAGCUGACAUUUUUCCAAAACGCGACGGGCCAUAGCUUAUGGGGACUGGAUGGUGUUUCCUUCAGAGGCAAUUACAAUAGCCCGACGUUGUUGUUGAGCAAUCUGGGAAACCUCACUUUUGAACCCGAGUGGGCUGUGAGAAACCUGGGCAAGGCAAAGAGCGUCAGAGUGAAUUUCUUCAACAACGCCCCCGCUUCACAUCCCAUGCAUCUCCACGGCUUCAACAUGUACCUCCUGCACGAAGGUCCCGGCCAAUGGGACCGCAAGACAAUUAUUCGGCCAUCCAACCCACAGCGCCGCGACGUCUUCAUGGUUCGUCAAGGCGGACAUGUCGUGUUCCAGUUUGACGCGGCGAGCAAUCCGGGUGUGUGGCCGUUCCACUGCCACAUUGCGUGGCAUGCUUCGGCUGGGCUGUUUACGCAUUUCCUUACGAAUCCGGAGGGUGUGAGGAAUUUGAGGAUUCCGAAUGUCGUGGCGGAGACGUGUAGACAGUGGGGAAAUUGGACGAAUACGAAUAUUCCUGAUCAGAUUGACAGUGGAUUGUGA